AUGGCUGUGAAUUUCGAUACUUCGUCGGAAAAGGAGACCGGCCUACUCCGUUUCCUCAAGAGCCAGCUCUUUUUCACACCACCGCCUAUUACUCGGGAAGAAGUCGAUCUCACUGGCAAGACAGCUAUAGUUACCGGCGCAAAUGUAGGCUUAGGGUUAGAAUGCGCCCGCCAACUCCUCGACUUGGGAUGCAAGGUAAUUCUUGCCGUGCGUAGCCAGUCGAGAGGCGAAACCGCGCGUCGACACCUCGCCCAAGGCCGCGACGCGCAAUGGACGGAUAUCGAAGUUUGGAAAUUAGACCUUAACUCAUACGACUCUAUCGUGGGUUUUGCUGAGCGCACCAAGACUCUUACAAGGCUUGACAUAGCGGUUCUUAACGCUGGCGUUUACAAAGUCGAUGAGUCUUUUAACAGCACCACGGGCUACGAGGAAGAUAUCCAGGUAAACUAUUUAUCCAAUGCUCUUCUCACGCUCCUGUUAGCGCCCAUCAUGGCAGAGAAGAAAACGGGGAAUUCCCCUGGACGUAUAGUCUUGGUGUCCUCCGGGAUAGCCAAUGCGACCAAAUUUAAUGAAAAGGAGUCGAAUCCAAUACUUCCCGCUUUUAAAAAGAAGAUGGAACCGAAGUGGCUGUUUAAAGAGCGGUAUGGCACAUCCAAAGUGCUUGUCCAAUUGUUUGUGGCAGAGUUAGCAAAGCGAGUUCCAUCUUCUGCCGUCGUCGUCACCGUCGCGAACCCUGGCUUUUGCCACGGAUCAGAAAUCAUACGCGACGGAGAGGGACGUUUUGUGGGCUAUUUAUAUAAAACUAUGAUGGCAACGGUUGGUCGUCCUUGCUCAGUCGGCGCUCGCAUAUACGUCCAUGCAGCUGUGAGCCCUAUGUUAGGCGAGACCGUCCAUGGGCAGCAUGUCGAGGAUGCAAUGCUUAGGCCUAUGGCACCACUGAUUUAUAAGCCCGAAGGCAAGCAGGCUGCUUCGAAAAUAUGGGAGGAGAUAAUGGAUGAAUUUAUGUUUGUAGGAGUCAGGCAGAUUAUUGACGGUCUCUCCAAGUCGGUUUAG